CGCCCGUCGAUCCUUCAGCCCCUUCCUCCGCCGCCGCUCGGCCCGCCCCAGAGCUGGGGGCAGGGUGCCGUUGGAAGCGUGUAGCUCGGCUUUCUGAUUCAUUCAUUCCCUGCCGACGGAAGCUUCAGACCCGCUGUGCUCUGAAGAGGGGGGAAGAGAGGACAGCUGCGAAUGAAGGGCCGGGCGCGAGCCAGGCUCCAUUGUGCUCGGCAAUUGGGGGUGGGAAGGGGCCCCCUCCCUCUGCUCCCCGGCGUGCGGUGCGCCCCCAGCCUGCUGCCAGCCUGGAAAUGGCUCCGUUUAUUCUCCUCGGGAGCAUGAGUCGAUCCUGCCCAGUCUUCUCUUCCUCCUCCCUACCUCCUCUGUGCUCCGAGUCUUAGGAGGGGAAAAAUUAAAAAGACAGAUUCCAAUGUGGAGUGGCGUGCACGUCGCGAGCUGCCGGGUUUGCACUUCGAGGAGAUUUUUCUACAUAUUUUUUCUAAUGUGAGCUUGGGGAAGCAGUGGCAUUACUGCUUUUAGAAUUUUUAUUUCCCCGUGGGGAUCUUUAAAGUGCACGUCGCGUUGGGUUGCAGGCUCCACCCCCAGGGACUUGGUGUGGAGAAAUUUGAACCCGUAGCCUUAGUAGCACCGUAACAGCGGAGUUACCUGGCUCAUUCCUGAGUGUUGAGAAGGACAUGACCGCAAAGACCAGCGAACUCAUUUUUUAUAGGACUCGGUGAAGCUGGAUUCCGCGUUUUCCUACGUAUAGACUUAUUUUGUGGAGUAGACUUGACCGCUGUCUCCUUCGCGCAGCAUUUUAACUCUGAUAAGCAAAUGCGACCUCAGUUUGUUUGAACGUUUUGGUAUUUACGAGAGAGGAAGCAUUUCACUUAAGAAAACUAUCAGCAUCACUGAAAUACCUCCAGAAAAGGACCUCGGGGGGUGGAAAAGCAACUGCGAAAUAACAAACAGAGAAAUUCCUUUGGAAGUUAUUCCGUAGCAAAAGAGCAGAAACUCCAGAGCAAGUUUUCAUUGGGCAAAAUGGGGGAACAACCCAUCUUCAGCACUCGAGCUCAUGUCUUCCAGAUUGACCCAAACACAAAGAAGAACUGGGUACCCACCAGCAAGCACGCAGUUACUGUGUCUUAUUUCUACGACAGCACAAGAAAUGUGUAUAGGAUAAUCAGUUUAGAUGGCUCAAAGGCAAUAAUAAACAGCACCAUCACCCCAAACAUGACAUUUACUAAAACAUCUCAGAAGUUUGGCCAGUGGGCCGAUAGCCGGGCAAAUACUGUUUAUGGACUGGGAUUCUCCUCUGAGCAUCAUCUUUCAAAAUUUGCAGAAAAGUUUCAGGAAUUUAAAGAAGCUGCUCGAUUAGCAAAGGAGAAAUCACAAGAAAAGAUGGAACUUACCAGUACUCCGUCACAGGAAUCAGCAGGAGGAGACCUUCAGUCUCCUUUAACACCAGAAAGUAUCAACGGAACAGAUGAUGAAAGAGCACCUGACGUGACUCAGAACUCAGAGCCAAGGCCUGAACCAACUCAGAAUGCAUUGCCAUUUUCACAUAGUUCAGCCAUCAGCAAACAUUGGGAGGCUGAACUGGCUACCCUCAAAGGAAAUAAUGCCAAACUCACUGCAGCCCUGUUGGAGUCCACUGCCAACGUGAAACAAUGGAAACAGCAGCUUGCUGCAUAUCAAGAGGAAGCAGAACGUCUGCACAAGCGAGUGACUGAGCUUGAAUGUGUUAGUAGCCAAGCAAAUGCAGUGCAUACUCAUAAGACAGAAUUGAAUCAGACAAUACAAGAAUUGGAAGAGACACUGAAAGUGAAGGAAGAGGAAAUAGAAAGACUAAAACAGGAAAUUGAUAAUGCCAGAGAACUACAAGAACAAAGGGACUCUUUGACUCAGAAACUACAGGAAGUAGAAAUUCGGAACAAAGACCUGGAGGGACAACUGUCUGACUUAGAGCAACGUCUGGAGAAAAGUCAGAAUGAACAAGAAGCUUUUCGCAAUAACCUGAAGACACUUUUAGAAAUUCUUGAUGGAAAGAUAUUUGAACUAACAGAAUUGCGAGAUAACUUGGCCAAGCUACUAGAAUGCAGCUAAAGAAAGUGAAAUUUCAGUGCCAGUAGAUUAAAAGAUACACUGUCUCUCUUCAUAGGACUGUUUGGGCUCUGCAUCAAGAUUGCACAAAAAAAUAUUGAAUAUGACUUCUCCAGGAGGAGGAUCUUUGGAAAAUUGGAAUUGUAUAUUUCAGUGUAAAAUUUAGAAUUCUGCUUGUAGCUCGUUGAGGAAAAAAAAAAAAAAGAGAUGAAAAACUUGAACUACAAAUUACCUCCUUGUAUAUUAUUGGCCAUAGUUAACUAGAAAGUUAUAAAUAGACAUUUAAUGCAAUCUUUUUUUCUGAUAUUAGCCAAUGGGAGAACUAACGUCUGGGUCACAUCCCCUUAUUGUGUUCAACACAGUGAAGGUUAUCUGCUUUUUAAAUUAAUUUAUUUACGAUAUCUAGAGCUGUGUUUUGUGCAAAAACUUAUUGACGAAAGCCCUGUCUUUUGUUGUAAUCUGAAUAAUUUCUCAGGAUAUUUUUGCACUGCUGAGAAGCAGUGUCAUUACCAAUUAAUUCUUGCCAGGAGUGAGAGAGAGCUGCAUCUCUAAUUGAAACAUACUUACUAUAACCGCAUAUAUAGGGUUCUUCCCUUUUUUUAUACUGGAAGAUGUUUCACUCUGGUGACCACUCUGGUGUUCUCUAAUCUUGUCCACUGUAUAGUUUACUUUUCCAUAUUGAUUCCAUGUAUUUAUGAAAAGAUACCGUCUCCCAUUUUAUUACACAUUUUAAAGCCAACUAAUGAAGGCAGCUGAGUCCCUCAGAAAUUUUUCUUUUUAAAUUUCUAAUAAAUUUGACACAUAGAACUGAACUGCAGCAGCCCGUCAUUGACGGUCUGGCCUAGCAAUGCUAAGUAUAUUUACAGAAUAUGCAGUUACAUUUAUUUAUAUAUUUUGCAAGAAAUCUUUUCUGAAUGAUCAAUGCAUUUCAAUUUAAGAAUAAUAAUGGUUACUGGGAAACUGUUUAUUAUAGAUCAUUUUAAGGUGUAUAGCUAUUUUCAAGGAGAUCCAUUUACAUCAAACAGCCAAUCUGAGGACUGUGUCUAAAUUGUAGUCGUGGCAGAUGGAGAUGGAGACGUGUACUCUGCCUGGGUCUUCACAUCACCCACAUCUGUAUUCAAACCUCACAUGGCAAUAUUCUGAACUGUUAACUAGGUAUUUCAAAACAGGAAUUAAAUACAAUAAGCUCUUCUCAGUGAACAGGUUUUAAUGUUGUUUUGAUGUAAUUUUAAAAGACUUUUAGCAAACAUGCAUUUCUUUAUAUAAUACAUUUCUUUUAAGAAGCUAUUUUAAAAGUAAGCCAAGUGCUGUCUGGUCUGCUUAGGGAAUAGGAUUGCAUCAGAGUACAUAUAUUCUUGCUGUACAAUGCCUGUGAUGUUGAGGAGGGUUCUUUUUAAAGUGUAUGCUUGAGUAUCUGACUCCCUGGAGUCUAAAAAUGCACUGACUUUUUUUUCUUUGUACCCCAAAACGAUUGAAUUGUUAAGUACAAAAUUAAGCUAAUCAAUCAAUUUGUAACCAUUUUUUCACUCACAAACAGGUAUUCGACACUAGACAAUUUUGUUUUAUAUGUAUGUGUAUGUACGUAAAUACAUACAUAUUAAUUUAUAUUAGAGUGAAAAAUAAAUGGUUUGUUUCUAAAGUUAGUUUCUAAAGUGAGUUUUCAGGUAUCUCUGAAAAGUUUAUAUCAGACACUCAGUCAUCAUGUAUUAUAUGUGCUGUAACAUCCUGUAAGUUACCUCCAUCUAGUUUAGGAUAAUUUUCUCACCUAUUUAUUAUAGGGAGAAUAAUUUAGGGACACAUGCUCAGAGCUGAGAUGUUUCUCUGAUAAAUCAGGUAAUAAAAUGUAUUUGCUUGAUGGGAUUUUGAAGUAGAUGUGACUUUAUCCCUCAGUUUCUGAGUAACAAAGAGCACCAGGUUUUAAUUUAAAUAGGGGAUUUAACACUAGGGGUCAGGGGUUUAGUUAUGAAGAGUUAGAAACUUAAAAAAAAAAAAAAACAGUGUAAGCUAUUGAAAUGAUUAAGUGAAUUAUUUUAAUGAUGUAAUAAAAUAUUUUUAAAUUUUGA